CCAUGGCCGACGACGAAUACGCAUACCUGCAGCCGGACUUUGAUCCUACCUCUCUCACAGUGCCCCGCCUGCGCUCCAUCCUGGUCGCCCACAAUGUCGCCUACCCUUCAUCUGCGAAAAAGUCCGAUUUGAUUGCCAUCUUCAACUCAAACGUCGCUCCUCAGGCUAGAAAGAUACUCAACGUCCAGUCCCGUACCGUGCGCUCGGCGAGAGGCAUCGUAGACGUACCUUCCAGCCAGUCCAGCACCAACGACGACAACGACGAAGAGGACACCGCCGACGACAACAUCGUCGUCUCCGCAACUCCAGCAAGGCGAACUACUAGGCGUACCGUCAUGCGACCAGCUGCCGAGGAGAAUGUUGCACCCACACCUCGUUCGACCAGGAAAUCCUUUGCUCCGACAAGCGCUCGACGUGCUUCCAGCAAGCAUGCCACCGUUGAGCCCGAGCCUACUCCAAGACGUGCCGUCAGGUCCUCCUUCCCCAGCGAACCUCCACAACCCGUCUACCGCGACCAAGGUGCAGAUUCGCCCUUCUCCAAGGACAACCCCUUCCAGAGUGGAAGCUCCCCACCGUCUGCAUACCGUCAUCGUAGCAAGAGCGGAGACCGACGAAGAACCACAAUUGGUCCAUCGGCCGACAGGGAAAGAAGAAGAAGCAGAGAUGCCAGGCGCAGAACCGAUGGCUUCUACCGCCAAGAUGAGGAUCUCACUGCCGUAUCGAGAACGCCCGUCGCUCGUGUGAAGGUCGAGCCAGAGUAUGAGGAGGAGUACGAUCAAAUGGUUGCUGGCGAGGAAUUCACGCCGGAAGAACAACACGAACUCAUCAAGGCUCAAGAAGAAAACCCGCGCACUGCCCUCAGCCGUGUGCCUCGCAAGCAGAAACCGAGAUCUGGAGCAGCCAAGGCCGGCUUCUCAACUGUCGUACUUACCAUACUCGUUGCAGUCGCCGCUCUCUGGCGCCAGGAGAAGCUUCAGGUCGGCUUUUGUGGCAUUGGCGAGCCAUCCCAAAAACUGGGCGGUGUCGAUAUUCCAGAGUGGGCAUCGUUCUUGCAACCAGAAUGCGAGCCAUGCCCCAUGCACGCGGAAUGCCGGGAGAAUCUCCACAUUGUCUGCGAUGAUGGCUUUGUGCCUGUCUCGCACCCUCUCGCGCUUGGUGGUCUCGUCCCGAUACCACCUACCUGCGAGCCGGAUAGUGAGAAGCUUCGCAAGAUCACAGCUUUGACAAGCCAUGCUGUCGAGACCGUUCUGCGUGAGGCUAACGCAAAGUACGAGUGUGGUGAGACCAAAACUCCAUACCUUACUGAACCAGAGAUCAAGGCAACCAUUGCCGCGAAAGGAAAAAACAUGAAGGACAUUCUCGAUUUGAUCGAUCAGGCAAUCGACGAUGUCCCCAAACGCGAUGAGGUAAAGACAAAAGUUGACCCACAAACCUCUGUCCGCUCCUUCCGCAGCACAUCUCUCGCAGCCGUCGGCUUCAGAUGCGCCCUCAAACGAUCGGUUCGCCUCACGGUUAGACAGCAUCUUCGCGAACUUGUAGGCAUUCUGGCCUUGGCAUUCACAGCUGUAUACGGCCAGCGUACCAUCUCGAAGCGCCGUUCUACUUCAACCCAGGCCAAGCGUCUGGCAGGUCUGGCUCUUGACAAGCUCGCCACCCAGGCAAGUCUGCACGCGCAAGAUCCGGUCGGUUAUCCCGAACCAUUGAUAAGCAUGGUCGCUCUACGUGAUGAUGUGCUCCGUGAUGAGCACCGCGCACAGGAACGAAACAGAAUUUGGACAGCCGUGCAGAAGCUAGUUGAGGGUAACGCCAAUGUCAGAACUAUGGUGCGCGAGGGUCGUACAGGAGAUGUCAGCAGAAUGUGGGAGUGGAUUGGCGCAGUCUACCGCAUCGAGGGAAGUUCAGCACACCAGACUCCGGUGGGAAAGAUCACGAGUCCUGGAAGACUGGAUGAUAGCAUGGCAUCUGGAAGUGGCCUAGAGAUUGAGAAGCGCAAGUGCGCUCUCCAGGUCAACGUUCCCAAGACUCGCCGCACCUACUGCAAGGGCAAGGACUGUAAGAAGCACACUCAACACAAGGUCACCCAAUACAAGGCCGGCAAGGCUUCCCUUUUCGCCCAGGGUAAGCGUCGUUACGACCGCAAGCAGUCGGGUUACGGUGGUCAGACCAAGCCCGUCUUCCACAAGAAGGCCAAGACCACCAAGAAGGUCGUCCUGAGACUGGAGUGCACAGCCUGCAAGACCAAGGCACAGCUCGCCCUCAAGCGUUGCAAGCACUUCGAGCUCGGAGGUGACAAGAAGACCAAGGGUGCCGCCCUUGUCUUC